GGGGAGUGACUGGGUCGGGGUGACCGCAGAGGGACUGGGGAGACAGUCCCACCAGGAAGGACGGUGCCCGGCUCCAGGUGAGACCGUGGCCCAGGGGGACUUGCCACCACCGGCAGGCUCAGGCUCCCACGUCUCUUGGGCAUUUCCUCCAUCAUGAGCUCCAGGGCACCCCACCCCCUGCCGCUCCUCACGCUGCUGCUGCUGCUGCUGCCGCUCCCACAGGUCAACCUCAUCAGCAGCUCCCAACAAGAACACGAUCCGCGGGAGCAAACAAAGGGAGACGGCCACCGGCCUCUACGGCGGUUCAAGAGAAGGUGGGUUGUCACUACCUUGGAACUGGAGGAGGAAGACUCGGGACCCUUUCCCAAGCUUGUUGGUGAGCUGUUCGACAGCGCGCCCGACAACAGGUCGCUGGUGUAUUUGAUCAGCGGCCCCGGCGUGGACGAGUACCCAGAGGUUGGUCUGUUCUCUAUAGAAGACCACGAGAAUGGGAGGAUAUUUGUGCACCGCGCUGUGGACCGGGAGACGACACCGUCCUUUAUGAUUCACUUCGAUGUGGCCAGCCGCGCCACGGGGAAGAUCAUGGACAGCUCCUUCAUCUUCAACAUCAGGAUCCGAGAUGUGAAUGACCACGCCCCCCGCUUCCCCGCCGAGGAGUUCAACGUCAGCGUGAGGGAGAGCCACGCGGCAGGUCGACCUGUUUUUCAGAUGUCAACAGUUGAUUUAGAUCAAGAAAACACUCCGAAUUCUCAAGUCCUUUACUCCCUCGUUUCUCAAACACCGGUCCUUAAAGAAAGUGGCUUCAAGAUUGACCGGAAUAGCGGAGAAAUACGACUCGCAGGAUGCUUAGAUUAUGAGGCCGCGCCUCGGUUCACGCUGCUCGUCAGAGCGAGGGACUGCGGGGACCCGCCCCUGUCGUCCACGGCCACGGUUCACGUCAGCGUGCAGGAGGGCAACAACCACAGGCCCACGUUCGCCCAGAAGGAUUAUGAGGUUCGGGUCCCCGAAGGCCAAGUCCACCGGGACGUGUUACGUCUCCAGGUCCGGGAUGGUGAUGCGCCGUUCACGUCGGCCUGGAGAGCGGAAUUCAACAUAUCCAGUGGCAACGAAGAGGGGCAUUUUGACAUCGUGACUGACCCUGAGACCAACGAGGGGAUCCUCAGUGUGGUCAAGGCUCUGGAUUACGAAGCCCACCCCUCCCGGAGCCUCAUCGUCGUGGUGGAAAACGAGGAGCCGCUCUUCUCCUGCCAGGGCGGUAAGCCUCAGAGGCUGGGGCUGGUGGCAGCGAGCGCCACGGUGACCGUGCAGGUGACCGACACCAACGACCCGCCAGCCUUCCACCCCACGAGCUUCGUGGUCAGUGAGGUCGAGGGCGCCAGGCCCGGCACCCAGCUGGGCAGUUUCAAGGCGACGGACCCGGACGGCCCUGGCAGCGGGGUCAGGUACCAGCUGGCCCACGACCCCGCCAGCUGGGUGGCCGUGGACGAGCGCUCGGGAGCGGUGGUCACCAGGAGGCAGAUGGACCGCGAGUCCCCCUACGUGAACGACAGCUUCUACGUCAUCGUCGCGCACGCUGUGGACGACGGCCGCCCGCCGCAGACCGGGACGGGGACCCUGUCGCUCUUCCUGUCGGACGUCAACGACAACGCCCCGACCCUCCUCCCGCGCUCGCAGUACCUGGAGGUCUGCGAGUCCUCCCGGGCCGCGCCCCUCCUCCUGGAGGCGGAGGACGGCGACCUGGAUCCCUACGCCGACCCCUUCACGUUUGAGCUGGACUCGGCCUCGGGAAACGCGGGAGGCGCGUGGAGACUGGGGGAAAGUCGGGGCCGGUCGGUUGAGCUUGUGAUGCAGAAGAGCCUGCCCCGCGGGGAUCACUUGGUGCCGCUGUCCAUCAGAGACCGACAGGGGCUGGCCCAGCAGCAGACCGUCCACGUGCGGGUCUGCUCCUGCCCCGACGGGGCCACGUGCGCGGCGGAGGCGUCCCGCGCAGGGCUGGGGCUCCUCCUGGGGGUCCUGAUCCCUCUCUGUGCGGUCUUCCUGGCUCUGGCAGUUGCUCUGUUUUUCUUGCUGCGACGUGGGUCCCUGUCUGGAGCCAAGAGGCACGGGUGCGCGGUCCUUCACGGGGAAGGCCAGCAGACCCUGAUCACCUACAAUGACGAGAGCAGAGCCCUCUCAGCCCCGGCCGUGGGGUGCGGUGCGCCGCCGCCGGGGCCGCCGGCGACACAGGGUUACCCAGCGGCCUCGGUGCCCACGCAGCCCCUGGAAAGGAGGACGGGAGCGAUGGCGGAGAUGCUGCAUGAGCGGCUCCGCGGCCUGGGCACGCUGGCGGAAGAGCCCGGGUCCCUGCCCCACGUCUACACGGAGGAGGGGGAGUGCGAGCGGGCCGAGACCCUGAGCUCCCUCGCCGUCUCCGAGCAGACCCUGCCGCCGGGGCGGCUGGACUGGCUCCUCGCUGAGGCCUGAAGACUGACCCUGCUGCGUCGG